AUGCAAUUCAAAAGUUUGAUCGGUGCAACUCUCGCAUUAAGCGUUGUUAAGGCUACAACUGAGUUGGAGCCAAUCUUCACAAAUGAUGUCAAUGUCACAGUCCCCACGGUGCCACCAGAGAUCACUUCAACCCCUGAUGUUAGUGUUCCUGGAAACUUGACCGAAACUGGAGGACUCACAAACACCACAGGAACAGGAGGAUUUACUAAUACCACUGCAACUGGCACAGGAGGUUUCACUAAUACCACUGCAACAGGCACGGGCACAGGCACAGGCACUGGAACCGGAACCGGCACAGGCACAGGCACAGGCACAGGAACUGGCACUGGAACCGGUACUGGUACUGGUACCACUGGCACAGGUACAGAAACUGGUAACGGUGCCCAAGCGGUACUAGGUAGUUCAGUCUUAGCCGCAGCUGGUCUCUUCGUCGCUAUGUUAAUUUGA